AUGCUCGGGCGUUUGGGUGGUUGUGGCCAUCUUGGACCGUUGAGAAGCCGUGUUGUUGGUACAAAUCGAGGAUUGGCUGGUGGGGGACAUGGACAUGGAAAUGAGGGAGAUGCAAAGGUUCAGCGCCAGGCAUACGACUAUCGACCUGGUCAGGACACUUACGCCUACGAGAAUCCCUGGCCCAAGCUGAAUGGUGGACGAUUCGAUUGGCUCUUCGGUGAUGGAUGGCGGCGACCGCUUGCUAAAGAUCAAGGAGCAAAGAUGCGUCGUGAAUGGAUUUGGUUUAGUCAGGUUGCUCAUGAUGAACAUGCCGAUUGGAAACGAUUUCACUCAGUUUUCUUUACAUCAAUGACGUUGUUGACGAUUUGGGUGACGUCUUAUAUCAUCUGGUUCCGCCCCGACUGGCCACAAGCAAAAGAGUGGGCUCUACGAGAAGCACAUCUAGAAAUUGAACGUAGAAGGAAAGCUGGCCUCCCAUUGAUUUCACCUGAUCUACUUCCACGUGACAGAGUGACCGCCCAACUUCCGGCUGAAGAGGAACUCCGAGAUUUCGACGUUCUUAUU